CACUAAUGGUAUCCAUCCGAGACUAGCCUCGCAUAAAGAUCCUUGGCCCUCGCACCAUGAUCGAUACCUUGACCAUCCUUUCCCAGAAUCCUUGGCCUCUAUCCGUCCCCUUUGGCGAAACAUCAUGUCGAAUAUAUCCAUAUUCUGGACCCGACUUGUUAUUUGGAUCGGAAGGGACCCUACUCCGCUUUCCAGGAUCUACCAGUACCUCUCGUGGUCGCAAGACCGUCCCCUCGACAUCUACGUGCUGCGAAGGUUUGACCCGUCUGUGCAGGAUCCUAACGAGAAGGCUCGGAUCAACGCCAUAUUCGAGCUGCUCCUGCCACACAUGAAGCGAUGGAGGAUCUUACACAUGCAGCUUCUUCGCUCCAGUUCGCUCCCCCUCCCUCGCGUCGAUCUUUUGGGACGCGCAGACAAGCUGGUCAGGCUCGUACUUCGGUUCAUAUUCGACGAUCUCAUCGACAGCACCGGAUCGACCUCG